UGUCCCCGUGUAACGGAUAUGAGGCUGUGAAACAAAGAUGGCGGAAGAGGAGAGUCUGUCGGAGGAACUGGAGCAACUCGAGUUUCUACGAGACCGACACGUACGUUUCUUUCAGAGGACAAUGCAGGUUUUGCCCGAGAUGUAUGCCUCUCUGGAGACCACUAGGUUGACGAUCUUAUUUUUCGCUCUGUCCGGCUUGGAUGUGCUCGAUGCUCUAGAUGUCAUUGACAGCAACGACAUGAUCGAGUGGAUCUACUCAUUGCAGGUUCUUCCAACGGAAGACCAAUCCAACCUCAGCCGUUGUGGUUUUCGAGGAUCGUCACACAUUGGAAUUCCUUACAGCACCAAGGGUCAUGGUGUGCGACAUCCGUACGACAGUGGCCAUGUUGCCAUGACCUACACUGGACUCUGCUCCCUUCUCAUACUGGGAGAUGACCUUAGUCGGGUCAACAAGCAGGCAUGCCUGGCUGGCCUCAGGGCCCUGCAGCUAGAUGAUGGCAGUUUCUAUGCCGUGCCAGAAGGCAGCGAAAACGACAUCCGUUUUAUCUACUGUGCAGCCAGUAUCUGUUACAUGCUCGACGACUGGUCCGGCAUGGAUGUCCAAAAGGCCAUCGAGUACAUUCGAGGAAGCCUGUCGUACGAUAGCGGUUUUGGUCAGGGAGCCGGGCGAGAGUCACAUGGCGGCUGGACGUACUGCGCCAUCGCCUCCUUGUGUCUGAUGGGUCGAUUGGAGGGGGCGCUGAGUCGGCGGGAGUUGGACAGGAUCCGCCGCUGGUGCAUCAUGAGGCAGCAAAGCGGCUUCCAGGGGCGCCCAAACAAGCCCGUUGACACCUGCUACUCUUUUUGGGUGGGCGCAACACUAGAGCUAUUAGAUGUGUUCCAGUACACUAACUUUGACAAGAACCGGACCUUCAUUCUGUCCACACAAGAUGGAUUGGUUGGUGGCUUUGCUAAGUGGCCCGAAUGCUCUCCAGACCCACUGCACGCUUACUUGGGCCUGUGCGGUCUGUCUCUGAUCGGAGAGCCCAGCCUGAGGAAAGUCCACCCGGCGCUCAACAUCACCCAGCGGGCCUUCGAGCACCUCCGCCAGCUGCAGCAGACAUGGAGGGGACAAUAGCGACAACUGUGGCUGACAGGAGCAUCCGGCAGGUCAAAUCCGAGACAAAUGGAACCUCCUUUUAUUUGAGGACUGACGAGUGUUCGGCUCCUUAGCAACUUUGCAAAGAGGCCUUGCUGUUGAGUGACCGUUGAGCUGCCUUCUGGUCAACAGACUGCGGUCAGUGUUAAGUGUGAAGAACAAUAUGUGCCAGAAAUCAUGAAAGAUCGGAAGACACUUCAGGGGCCAAACUUUCUCACAUUGUUAAGAUCGAGUAAAGGAGAAAAGUCUGGUAUGGUUUCUUGCCAAGCAGGAGCAGUUUUUCCGUUAUUCACCACGCAGGAUCAGUAUCAUUUAGAAUGGACCUGAAACGUUAUAGAAACAGCUUGAGUAGAGCAUUUGAAGAUCAUCAAAGAACACCAAGUCAUCAUCUUUUUCCACAAGAGCAGUUAUCCUCAUCCAGUAACACCCUUACGAGACUCCUGGGGUCUCUUCAAAGCUCACUACUUUGCUUCUAGCCCACCAGUUUUGAUCCCCCGAGUCUGAACCCUUCAAACUCCCACUGGCUCCUGUCCCUCAUGCUCCCUUAGGCUAAGUUUACCGAUGUGCAGGAUUGAUCAGGUGUAGCAUCAUAGCAGCAGUAUACCCGGUGGAAUUGAGGCCAAGAACCACCUGCAGGGGGCCAGUCUUUGACUUUUGAAAACAAGGUGGAAACAAAGAACUUGGGCAAGUAACAAUAAAAUGGAACCUAUUGUA